CUUCAUCGGUGUGUUUAUGGGGGGUCGCUCCUGGGGUCUCAGGGUGAGGAGUUUGGGGGGCUGCGGGUGGAUCUAGGCCGCGUCGACCGAGGUGACGGAUUAUCAGCUGACAGACAGCUGGAAGAACGGUGUCUCCAUGGCUAAAGUGGCUCCACUGGACCCCCCUUGCGUCAGGGAGCUGACGCCCCCCAUCAUUGUUCUACAGGACAUGGAGGAGGAUCUGGAGGACACUGGGGAGGGAGUGAGGGUCAGCAGGAGAGCCGGACCUGGAGCUCUGUUCAACGUCAACAACAGCAACAACAACGAGGAAGACGAGGAGGAAAAAAAGAGGAAGAAAAGGGAGAAGAAAGAAAAGAAGGAGAAGAAGGAGAAGGAGAAACAGGAGAAGAAGGAGAGGAAGGAGAAAAAGCAGAAGGAGAAAGAGGAGAAAGAGAAGGAGAAGCAGAAGGCCAAAGAGAAGGAGGAGAAAGAGAAGAAGGCCAAAGAGGAGGCAGCCAAAGAAAUCACCGUCAUUGAUCCAGCGGGAAACACCUACUACCACUGGCUCUUCAUCAUCACCAUCCCCGUCAUGUACAACUGGACCCUCAUCAUAGCCAGGGCGUGUUUUGAAGAACUUCAAACCGACUAUCUGGUCUUCUGGUUCCUAAUGGACUUUGUCUCUGACAUCAUUUAUCUGCUGGACAUGGUGUUCAGAACCAGAACCGGUUACUUGGAGCAGGGUCUGCUCGUGAAGGACGAGAAGAAGCUGCGAGAGCGGUACAUGAUCAGCUUCCAGUUCAAGAUGGACCUGGUCUCCAUGAUCCCGACCGACAUAUUCUACCUGAUUCUGGGUGUCACCUACCCGGAGAUCCGGCUCAACAAGCUCCUGCGCUUCAACAGGAUGAUGGAGUUCUUCCAGCGCACAGAGACCAGAACCAACUACCCAAACGCUCUUCGGAUCUCCAACCUCGUCAUGUACAUCCUGAUCAUCAUCCACUGGAACGCGUGUCUCUACUACUCCUUCUCUAAGGCCAUCGGUUUCGGGGCUGACAGGUUCGUGUAUCCGGAUCCUUCAAACCCGGAGUUUGGUCGUCUGGUCAGGAAAUACGCCUACAGCAUGUACUGGUCCACGCUGACGCUCACCACCAUCGGAGAAACCCCGCCCCCUGUGGAGAACUCGGAGUACUUCUUUGUCGUGACUGACUUCCUGGUGGGUGUGCUGAUUUUUGCUACCAUCGUCGGUAACGUCGGCUCGAUGAUCACCAACAUGAACGCGGCCAGAGCUGACUUCCAGGCUCGCAUCGACGCCAUCAAACAAUACAUGAGCUUCAGGAAGGUGACAAAGGACUUGGAGAAACGAGUGAUCAAGUGGUUCGACUUCCUGUGGACCAACAAGAAAGCGGUGGAUGAGCGAGAAGUUCUGAAGUACCUGCCCGACAAGCUGAGAGCGGAGAUCGCCAUCAACGUUCACCUGGACACCCUGAAGAAGGUCCGGAUCUUUGCGGACUGUGAGGCCGGUCUGCUGGUGGAGCUGGUGCUGAAGCUGCAGCCGCAGGUCUACAGUCCAGGAGACUACAUCUGCAAAAAAGGAGACAUCGGCAGGGAGAUGUACAUCAUCAAGGAGGGGAAGCUGGCGGUCGUGGCGGACGACGGCGUCACGCAGUUCGUAGUUCUCAGUGAUGGAAGCUACUUCGGUGAGAUCAGCAUCCUGGCCAUCAAAGGCAGUAAGGCAGGAAACAGGAGGACAGCCAACAUCAGAAGUAUCGGAUACUCCGACCUCUUCUGUCUUUCCAAGGAUGACCUGAUGGAGGCGCUGACAGAGUAUCCCGAUGCCAAAGCCCUAUUGGAGGAGAAGGGGAAGCAGAUUCUGAUGAAGGACGGGCUGCUGGACCUGGAGUUGGCGGCUCAGGGUCCGGAUCCCAAAGAGAUCGAGGAGAAGGUCGACCGCAUGACCAGCACGCUGGACGUCCUGCAGACCCGAUACGCCCGGCUGCUGGCCGAGAACGAAGCCACGCACAGCAAGAUCAAACACCGAGUCACACGGCUGGAGAGGAAGCUGGCUCCGCCUCCACGAUCCGACCAACCCGGGGACGCCCCGCCCCCUCCGACCCCUGAGACUGCUAAAGAGGAGGAGAAGAAAUAGGUAGAAGACGAGGAGGAGGCGGAGCGGAGGACUGAGUGACAGAACGGCGGGAAGUCCUGAGUGACUGUAGGCUGGAAGGGAAGUUUCUCAACCUGAAAGUACGUUUAGGGAUCAGGUUUACCGCACAGCGCCUCACAUCUCCAGUAGAUUUCAGAGACAGAACUGACAGCCGGCUGAGAGGACACUCGCUGUCAGGGAAGAAGGUUCCUCUGGAUCAUAGGAGGACUCCUGGUGUCUCCAUGUAGUCGCUGUUCUCACGGUCCAGCCGUAAAACUCUAUCAAGCUUUUAUGGAUUAGCGGUUUCGCUCCUGCAUCUUUAGUUUUCACCGAGCAGAGGAUUUUGUAUCCGCUGAUCAAGUUCAAACGCUGUACGGUCUGUUUUAUUAUGUUUCUGGUUCUGUGCCCAGUGGAUCGAGAAAGCUACAAACAACCACAUGGAACUAUGCAGCAUGUUUAAAGUUUCUAUCACCAGAUUCAUUCAUGUUAGAGCCAACAACAAAGAGACGGAGCUUUCCAGAUCAACGUUCUUCAGAAUACCGAAACUCUUCAACCGUUCAUGCAAACACCUGAGGCGUCGCCUGUGACGCUAAAGCACAAAACCUGUAACGUACUGUAAC